AUGUCCAAGGACAUCAGUAUAACAGUGACUGGCAUUAUUGUCAAGAAGCAGGUAGCGACAUACAGCGACAUACCGAUUGAAGUCGGUAGUUCUUCGGUUUUGGUUGACCUUGACUUUGUCUCAAGUGUGGAAUUUGACCUGCUGUUCCGUGAGAACUGCCUGGUUGAACUUGACAAGAUUCUGCACCCGGACAACAUCCACGUGGUACGGAUUCUGGUGGGCGCCUUCGCCGCAUCGGUCAAACUUGAGGAGUGGACCAAAGCCAUCGACUACGGCAAGAGGCUGGACCGGGCAUUCGGGCUCUACCUGCCGCCUAACGAGCCAGACACCGGACUUCUGUACUACAAGAUGGGCAAGGCUUAUUACCACCUGGACGACAUUGAAACUGCAGUCACCAGCUUAAGAAAGGCCAAAACGUUGCUGAGUAUUGCCUAUGGACGUGACAGCCAGCUGGCAGACUACGCCCAGGACUGGCUGGAGUUGUGCGGGGACUAUCGCAGCAGCAGUGAAGAGGACGAAACUGAUUCAGAAACCAGCUGUCCAAGCUCCUGA